CUCCCGCCCCGGAGCCCCCUCAGAGCCCCGGGCCGGCGUCCCCGCCCCCACUGCAUCCCUAACAGAGGCAAACUUUUCCCACCUUGGGCGCUCCCUCCCCAGGCCUGGCCACCUGGCUGCUCCGUGGAGAGUCCGAGGUGCCCACGCCGGGCGGAGCGGCCACCCCGAAGGGAGAGGAGAAGCCGGGCGGCGCGUCCCCAAAAGCAUGUGUGCCUCCCUAGCGUUUUUUAUUUUCGGGGCAGGAAGAGCCAGCUUACCUGGAACGGGGGAUCCGUUGCAGAUGUUGGAAAUGAAAAUUGGACGGAACAAGUUUUCCCUUCUAGGACUUUAACCCGUCUAACAUGCAUGCAGUGGAGAUGACUUUUGUUAAUGACUCUUAGGAGCCCGUGGGGUCACUUGUUUAUGGGAAAACAUGUUGGUUAUGUAAAGUCAAUACCCUGACAGCAAAACUGUUUGAGAAACUAGUUAACGCCUCCUUUUCAAGGUUCUGUGGCUCAUGCCUGUAAUUCCAGCAUUUUGGGAGGCAGAGGCAGGAGGAUCGUUUGAGGCCAGGAGUUCAAGACCAGCCUGGGCAACGUAGUGAGACCCUGUCUCUACAAAAAAGAAAAACCCCAGAAAGUUAUUGUGAGCAGCCAGUUUGGAAGAGUUGAACAAUGACCAUAGUUGACAAAGCUUCUGAAUCUUCAGACCCAUCAGCCUAUCAGAAUCAGCCUGGCAGCUCCGAGGCAGUCUCACCUGGAGACAUGGAUGCAGGUUCUGCCAGCUGGGGUGCUGUGUCUUCAUUGAAUGAUGUGUCAAAUCACACACUUUCUUUAGGACCAGUACCUGGUGCUGUAGUUUAUUCGAGUUCAUCUGUACCUGAUAAAUCAAAACCAUCACCACAAAAGGAUCAAGCCCUAGGUGAUGGCAUCGCUCCUCCACAGAAAGUUCUUUUCCCAUCUGAGAAGAUUUGUCUUAAGUGGCAACAAACUCAUAGAGUUGGAGCUGGGCUCCAGAAUUUGGGCAAUACCUGUUUUGCCAAUGCAGCACUGCAGUGUUUAACCUACACACCACCUCUCGCCAAUUACAUGCUAUCACAUGAACACUCCAAAACAUGUCAUGCAGAAGGCUUUUGUAUGAUGUGUACAAUGCAAGCACAUAUUACCCAGGCACUCAGUAAUCCUGGGGACGUUAUUAAACCAAUGUUUGUCAUCAAUGAGAUGCGGCGUAUAGCUAGGCACUUCCGUUUUGGAAACCAAGAAGAUGCCCAUGAAUUCCUUCAAUACACUGUUGAUGCUAUGCAGAAAGCAUGCUUGAAUGGCAGCAAUAAAUUAGACAGACACACCCAGGCCACCACUCUUGUUUGUCAGAUAUUUGGAGGAUACCUAAGAUCUAGAGUCAAAUGUUUAAAUUGCAAGGGUGUUUCAGAUACUUUUGAUCCAUAUCUUGAUAUAACAUUGGAGAUAAAGGCUGCUCAGAGUGUUAACAAGGCAUUGGAGCAGUUUGUGAAGCCGGAACAGCUUGAUGGAGAAAACUCGUACAAGUGCAGCAAGUGUAAAAAGAUGGUUCCAGCUUCAAAGAGGUUCACUAUCCAUAGAUCCUCUAAUGUUCUUACACUUUCUCUGAAACGUUUUGCAAAUUUUACUGGUGGAAAAAUUGCUAAGGAUGUGAAAUACCCUGAGUAUCUUGAUAUUCGGCCAUAUAUGUCUCAACCCAACGGAGAGCCAAUUGUCUACGUCUUAUAUGCAGUGCUGGUCCACACUGGUUUUAAUUGCCAUGCUGGCCAUUACUUCUGCUACAUAAAAGCUAGCAAUGGCCUCUGGUAUCAAAUGAAUGACUCCAUUGUAUCUACCAGUGAUAUUAGAUCGGUACUCAGCCAACAAGCCUAUGUGCUCUUUUAUAUCAGGUCCCAUGAUGUGAAAAAUGGAGGUGAACUUACUCAUCCCACCCAUAGCCCCGGCCAGUCCUCUCCCCGCCCCGUCAUCAGUCAGCGGGUUGUCACCAACAAACAGGCUGCGCCAGGCUUUAUCGGACCACAGCUUCCCUCUCACAUGAUAAAGAAUCCAGCUCACUUAAAUGGGACUGGACCAUUGAAAGACACGCCAAGCAGUUCCAUGUCGAGUCCUAAUGGGAAUUCCAGUGUCAACAGGGCUAGUCCUGUUAAUGCUUCAGCUUCUGUCCAAAACUGGUCAGUUAAUAGGUCCUCAGUGAUCCCAGAACAUCCUAAGAAACAAAAAAUUACAAUCAGUAUUCACAACAAGUUGCCUGUUCGCCAGUGUCAGUCUCAGCCUAACCUUCAUAGCAAUUCUUUGGAGAACGCUACCAAGCCCGUUCCCUCUUCUACCAUUACCAAUUCUGCAGUACAGUCUACCUCGAACGCAUCUACGAUGUCAGUUUCUAGUAAAGUAACAAAACCGAUCCCCCGCAGUGAAUCCUGCUCCCAGCCCGUGAUGAAUGGCAAAUCCAAGCUGAACUCUAGCGUGCUGGUGCCCUAUGGCGCCGAGUCCUCUGAGGACUCUGACGAGGAGUCGAAGGGGCUGGGCAAGGAGAAUGGGAUUGGUACGAUUGUGAGCUCCCACUCUCCCGGCCAAGAUGCCGAAGAUGAGGAGGCCACUCUGCACGAGCUCCAAGAACCCAUGACCCUAAACGGUGCUAAUAGUGCAGACAGCGACAGUGACCCGAAAGAAAAUGGCCUGCCGCCUGAUGGUGCCAGCUGCCAAGGCCAGCCUGCCCUGCACUCAGAAAAUCCCUUUGCUAAGGCAAACGGUCUUCCUGGAAAGUUGAUGCCUGCUCCUUUGCCGUGUCUCCCAGAAGACAAAAUCUUAGAGACCUUCAGGCUUAGCAACAAACUGAAAGGCUCGACGGAUGAAAUGAGUGCACCUGGAGCAGAGAGGGGCCCUCCCGAGGAUCGCGACGCCGAGCCUCAGCCUGGCAGCUCCGCCGCCGAAUCCCUGGAGGAGCCAGAUGCGGCCGCCGGCCUCAGCAGCACCAAGAAGGCUCCGCCGCCCCCCGAUCCCGGCACCCCCGCUACCAAAGAAGGCGCCUGGGAGGCCAUGGCCGCCGCCCCCGAGGAGCCUCCGCCCAGCGCCGGCCAGGACAUCGUGGGGGACACAGCACCCCCUGACCUGUGUGAUCCCGGGAGCUUAACAGGCGACGCGAGCCCGUUGUCCCAGAAUGCAAAGGGGAUGAUCGCGGAGGGCCCGCGGGACUCGGCGUUGGCGGAAGCCCCGGAGGGGUUGAGUCCGGCUCCGCCUGCGCGGUCGGAGGAGCCCUGCGAGCAGCCACUCCUUGUUCACCCCAGCGGGGACCACGCCCGCGACGCUCAGGACCCAUCCCAGAGCUUGGGCGCACCCGAGGCCGCAGAGGGGCCGCCAGCUCCUGUGCUGGACGUGGCCCCGGCCGGUCACCCGGAAGGGGACGCUGAGCCUAGCCCCGGCGAGAGGGUCGAGGACGCCACGGCGCCGAAAGCCCCAGGCCCUUCCCCAGCGAAGGAGAAAAUCGGCAGCCUCAGAAAGGUGGACCGAGGCCACUACCGCAGCCGGAGAGAGCGCUCGUCCAGCGGGGAGCCCGCCAGAGAGAGCAGGAGCAAGACUGAGGGCCACCGUCACCGGCGGCGCCGCACCUGCCCCCGGGAGCGCGACCGCCAGGACCGCCACGCCCCGGAGCACCACCCCGGCCACGGCGACAGGCUCAGCCCUGGCGAGCGCCGCUGUCUGGGCAGGUACAGUCACCACCACUCCCGACACCGGAGCGGGGCGGAGCCGGACUGGGUCAGACACCACUACACCGAGGGCGAGCAUGGCUGGGGCCGGGAGAAGUUCUACCCCGACAGGCUGCGCUGGGACAGGUGCCGGUACUACCAUGACAGGUACGUCCUGUACGCUGCCCGGGAGUGGAAGCCCUUCCACGGCGGCCGCGAGCACGAGCGGGCCGGGCUGCACGAGCGGCCGCACAAGGACCACAACCGGGGCCGUAGGGGCUGCGAGCCGGCCCGGGAGAGGGAGCGGCACCGCCCUAGUAGCCCCCGCGCAGGCGCGCCCCACGCCCUCGCCCCGCACCCCGACCGCUUCUCGCACGACAGAACUGCACUUGUAGCCGGAGACAACUGUAACCUCUCUGAUCGGUUUCACGAACACGAAAAUGGAAAGUCCCGGAAACGGAGACACGACAGUGUGGAGAACAGUGACAGUCAUGUUGAAAAGAAAGCCCGGAGGAGCGAACAGAAGGAUCCUCUAGAAGAGCCUAAAGCGAAGAAGCACAAAAAAUCAAAGAAGAAAAAGAAAUCCAAAGACAAGCACCGAGACCGCGACUCCAGGCAUCAGCAGGACUCAGACCUCUCAGCAGCGUGCUCUGACGCUGACCUCCACAGACACAAAAAAAAGAAGAAGAAAAAGAAGAGACAUUCAAGAAAAUCAGAGGACUUUGUUAAAGAUUCAGAACUGCACUUACCCAGGGUCGCCAGCUUGGAGACUGUCGCCCAGUUCCGGAGAGCCCAGGGUGGCUUUCCUCUCUCUGGUGGCCCGCCUCUGGAAGGCGUCGGACCUUUCCGUGAGAAAACGAAACACUUACGGAUGGAAACCAGGGAUGACAGGUGUCGUCUCUUUGAGUAUGGCCAGGGUAAGAGGAGAUACUUGGAAUUAGGAAGAUAGAAACUAUUUCUUAAUACAUUUUCUUUGCAAAGGUGAUUUAACACGUAGAAAGAAAACCUCAGGUGGCAUCAGAGGGCACAGUUAUUCAGAGCACCCCUGCCCUGCCUGGUCCGGCCUCAGUGCUCAUCCCUGCAGUGUGGUUCCGGUUGCAUAGUUUGGCUCCUUAGCACCAAGCCCUUAGCGUUUAUUGAAGGCCUAAGUGACACAGGACUGAGGGCAGCACUACCUGUGUCACCAAAGCCCUGGAACGUACAGCUCUGGGCAUCUGACUUUGCCUUGCAAAGGACCAGAACUCUUGGUUUGGUUUGGUUUUUUUUUAUUUUAUUUUAUUUUAUUUUAUUUUUAUUUUAUUUUAUAUUAUAUUUUAUUUUAUUUUAUUUUAUUUAUUUUAUUUUAUCUUAUUUUAUUUUAUUUUUAUUUUAUUUUAUUUUAUUUUGUUUUUUGAGACGGAGUCUUGCUCUGUUGCCCAGGCUGGAGUGCAGUGGCGGCGAUCUCGGCUCACUGCAACUUCCGCCUCCCAGGUUCAUGCUGUUCUCCUGCCUCAGCCUCCUGAGUAGCUGGGACUACAGGCACCCGCCACCACGCCCGGCUAAAUUUUGUGUUUUUAGUAGAGACGGUGUUUCACCGUGUUAGCCAGGAUGGUCUCGAGAACUCUUGGUUUUAAAGCAUUUUUGAUAGAAAUACUUUUGCAGCGUAUACGUUACCCUCCCGAAUCCUUAAACCUGUAGCAUUCUGAGUGUACCCUGAUGCUCGGUACUGAUUUGCUCGCUUGGGUCAUUAGAAGCGUGGGCACCAGCCUCUGCUUGAGUGACACUGCAGAGGCCUCCAUGUGGCAGAGCGCUGGCUGCCCCUGCCAGGUGUCCUGGAUUCUCUUCUGCCCUGUGGGGCUGUGUCUCCGUCCUGUGGCCACACGCUGUGCUCUUACUGCACUUGAGGCAGCCCCCCACUUCCUCUCCCGUUGGUGUCCGGUGACCGCUCGCCCUGGAGAGGAGCUGUGAGCCUGUUAGAAGCGGAUGUCACUCGAGUCAGUGGACCUAGAGCGGAGGCUGGCAAACUGCAGCCCUGGGGCAGCUUCGGCCAGUCACCUGACUUUGUAUGAAAUGAACUUGGAGUUAAGAAUGGUUUUAACCUUUUCAAGUGGUUGGAAAUAAUCCCAAAGAAGAACAAUGCGUUUCACAUGAAAAUGAUGUGAAAUUCAGACCUCAGUGUCUGUGGCUUGAUUGGGGCGCAGCCAGGUGCGUUCGCACGCUGUCUGGCGGCUUCGCUGUCACUGCCUGGCAGAGGUGGCUCGCAAAGCGGAAAAUGUUUAUUAUUGCCCCUUGACAGAAAGGGUUUGUCACCCCUGCCUGGACGCCCGUUGUUUGUGUUCACGUAUGAAGCGCAUCCCCUCUUCCCAGGGGCUUUUGACGAAUCUUCAGGGCUGCCCUGAGGCCUUUUGCUUCUCGGCUGUGUUGUGGGUUAGGUGGAGCUGUGUGUUCUGGGGAAGGUCUGUCCCUCCCAGCAGCCCAGAGCCAGCAUGCAUUGUUGAUUGAGGGGUAAACGGUCCUUAGAGUGUGUGAAAGAGAGCUGGGGGUUGCGGGGUGAGCCCCAUGGGGGACAUUUGCCCGUGGAGUGCUGGGGAAACAGCUGGAGAUGAGGACAGGCACCAGCAUUGCCGGUGAGGACAGGGAGCCUGCGGGCCUUGUGGACGUUCUGGACAUUUCAGAAUUGGUUUUGUGUUCCCAUUUCAGCGAAUCGGGGAAGGAGAUUCGUGAGGGCUGCUUGGUACCCGAGGAUCCGAGGAUGCAGUGGAUGGGCUCAUUCUGAGUGUGGUGCGGGCUCCCAGGAUCGUGGGCUCCCAGCUGGGGCUACUGGGAGGCAGUGAUGGCCCCUGAGGCAGCUGGUCCAGCGGGAGGGAGGUUGAACGUGAUCUUGUUUGCCUUGUGUCUCAGGUGCUGUGGUCAGGCGUGUCUGUGUGGUGGCCCUGUGUUUCCGUCCCCGUCCCACUGCACCGAUGACAGGGUUUGCAGCAGGCGCUUCUGCUGCGAGCAGACUGAGGAGCCUUUCUUGUCCUUCUGAGAAGGCCGCUGCCCAGCCCCGCCUCACCCAGCGUCCUGGGGUCCUGCAGGUCCCCCUCUACCCUGGACUUCGGCCCCUUGUCUUUCUCUUUCAAACUCCUCCUCUGGCUCUGUUCUGCCCAGUUCAGUUCUUGGGCCUGAGAUCUGUUGUAACAUCAGGCUGCGUGUGGGUUGGAUGGAGCCCUCAGUCAUCACGUAAACCCUUUGAUAUCAGUAAAACCCUGGGAGCAGCCGCUGAGCGCUGGGACAUCCCUGCUCACCUCACUGGGGAGUGGCCUCAGGCGCUCACAGGGAACCGCAGUGACUCUGACCAUAGCCACUUAACGCACACACACAGCAGAGGCACUGGCGAUUUUGCAACCAUCAUUAAAAUCUCUUUCCUGA